AUGUCAUCAACUAAUAAAAGAAUAGCUUUACCAGCAAGAGUAGAACCAAAAGUAUUUUUUGCAAAUGAAAGAACUUUUUUAUCUUGGUUAAAUUUUACAAUUAUAUUAGGAUCUUUAGGAGUUGGUUUAUUAAAUUUUGGUGAUUAUAUUGGUAGAAUUUCUGCAGGAUUAUUUACUUUUAUUGCAAUGUUAACAAUGAUUUAUGCAUUAGUUACUUAUCAUUGGAGAGCAAAAGCUAUUAGAUUAAGAGGUUCUGGUCCUUAUGAUGAUAGGUUUGGUCCAACUAUGUUAUGUUUCUUUUUAUUAAUUGCAGUAAUUGUUAAUUUUAUAUUAAGAAUUAGAGCUUAA